GAGCAGUGAUUGUUAGAAGAGGGAGAACUAGAGGUUACACUUUGAAAGAGACUUACACGACUAGUCCUCCUUAGGAUUCAAGUAGAAGCGCUAGACACAGUUAGUAGAAAGUAAAGUAAACGGAGCACUGCGAGAGCCAGGAAAACAUUUGUACCUUUUUCUGUCUGAACCACAGAACACGUUUUAAAUGCAACGCUGUUUGAUAUAUGAGAAAAGUAUGGCAGCCGAGACGCGGAACGGCGGGAGUUCACUGAACAACAAUAACUGCAAAGACCACAGCAGGAGAAAGCUGCUGGUCGGAGUGGACCUCUUCUGCUUGUUUUUAGCCGGCCUGCCUUUCUUGGUCAUUGAGACCAGCGCUGUUCAGCCUUACCGUAGAGGGUUUUACUGCGAUGAUGAGUCCAUCAAGUACCCGGCCAAAAAUGGAGACACCAUUAGCGACGGUGUGCUUAGCGCUGCUGGCAUUCUUAUCACCAUCCUCUCUAUCAUCAUCGGGGAGAGCUACAGGAUCUAUUUUCUGAACGAGGGAUCCAAGUCUUUUGUAGGGAACCCCUACAUCUCUGCUUUGUACAAGCAGGUCGGCGUGUUCAUCUUCGGCUGUGCCAUCAGCCAGUCCUUCACUGACAUCGCCAAAGUGUCAGUGGGCCGUAUGCGCCCUCACUUCCUCGACGUGUGCAAACCUGACUUCUCCACUAUCAACUGCUCCCUGGGCUACAUCACUGACUACCAGUGUCAGGGGCCAGAGAGCAAAGUUCAGGAGGCCAGGAAGUCUUUCUUUUCUGGACAUGCAUCAUUCUCCAUGUACACCAUGCUUUACCUGGUGUUUUACUUGCAGUCUCGUUUCACUUGGCACGGGGCUCGCCUGCUGCGCCCUCUGACCCAGUUCACCCUCGUCAUGAUGUCCUUCUACACCGGCCUGUCCCGUGUCUCGGAUCACAAGCACCACCCCACCGAUGUCCUGGCAGGUUUUGUACAAGGAGCCCUGGUGGCCUAUUGCAUAGUUUUCUUUGUGUCUGAUUUAUUCAAGCCCAAAGGUAGACGUUCUACCCUGUCACCAACCCCAGUGAAGAAAGACCUCGUUCCUCCAGCAGACAUCAGAGAGCGGAGCAACCAUCUCAUCAUGGCAUAGAGAAGGCUGCAAACUGACUGUACAUAACCCUGACCUGUGCCAUUUACAUCACUGCUACAGCCACUGGCCAAUACUGGAUAAAAUAAACUCCAGCGAUCUGGAUAAAACAGACAAAUAUCGAAUCUUGAACAUCUCAGAGGAUGAGAGGAGGCAAUGGAAAACAGUCGAGCAAGUUUUGCUUUCUCAACGGAAAUUUUCAUGUUUUUCCUCAGGCUCACCAGACAUUUUAAUGUGGAAAAGAGAGAAAACCAGGGAUAUUUGUUGCUCUUCUGCUCUGAAGAUUACUGGAGAUUCUCCUCUGUCAAGGCCUUUCCAUGGACAGAAGUCUGAAAUCAAACAAAACCGAGAACCGGCAGCUGUAAACAAAGCUGUGUGUGGCUUUUGUGCCUUUCUCCCCUGAGCUGCAUCCAGCAACGGGAGCUAUACUAAUAUUCUUGCCACUCACUCAGUGAGACUAAUACUAACACAUCAUGACAAAAAAAACUGAUUCCUUGAUUUCAUGAAGGAUGUUGUUUUUGUUCGGUUUUAUUACAAACAUAAGCAUUUUAUGUGUGAUUUAUAGCACUACUUUAGCUAAACUCAGUACUGUGUGUCACCACUUGAAUGACCUGAAGUGAAGCUUUUGGAAAGCUUUGUAAGACUUUGUAAGCUUUUAUUAUGUCCAUAAUGUAGUGUUUCUUAGAAGGUGCACAUAAAUGAGAGGAGGUGGAAAGUACAGUGAGAGCAUAUGUGUUGGAUGUGGGCCUCUUUCUGCUGGGUAGGACGAGCCCCCACUGAGCCAUUUAAUGAAAUGACUGUCUGUUAUAUGUACCAGACGGGCGCUCACAAGUGUUAGGUCAGAGUGUGUGUGUGUCUCUUACGUAUGUGUGUGUGUGUGUGUGUGUGUGUGUGUGUGUGUUUGGGUGAGGUCUUUCUGUGACGUGCCAGUGUGUAUUAAUGUCAUGUCUAUAUAUUUCAGUGUUUAUAGCCUACAAGUGUGCCUCUCUUCAGCCAGAGAACAGACACCUGCUCCAGCAGACACAUGUAACUGGAGACGGGCCCACUGUGGAAAAAAAGCAUCACAUACAGUACAUGUACUUUACCGUUACUAAUCAUAGUGAUGCUUCACAUCACUGAGAAACCCUGUGAUAUACUGUAUGCUACACAGGCAUAUGUAGUAUAUACAGUAUGUCUACCUAGAAUAAAGGCAGGGACAACCUAGAACUUACAGUAGCUUUUCACCAAAGCACAAAUUAGCAAAACAGCAAAAAAUAAAUAAAUAAACAAUUAAUUAUUCUGGCACAUCCUAACUGUGUAAUAUGUCAAAUGUCCUAUAAAGUAAUAAAACAGGCCUGGUAAUGAGGCUCUCCAUUAUUAUAGAUGAAAAUCAAUACAUUGGUAUACAAUAAAAAAAAAAGUAAUGAUGCUAAUAUGCUUGCAUGACAUUAAUGUAAUCUAUUUUUUUUUUUACAAAAAAUGAUAAUAAUGAUAAUACUUAAAACCACUGAGUGAAAGCAUCACCUUAGCUUAGUUUAAAGAUACGGAGACAAAUUGUUGACCUGACGCUUACAGGGAAACUUUCUCCUUUUUUUUUUUUUUUUACAUCCAUGUGUUGAAAAUAUAUUCAGCAUCGGAAAGUUCUGCAUGCUGCCAUAAAUUGCGCAGUACUGUAUCGUGUGUGCAUAUACAGUAUAUCUUUUGAUGAAACACCCACUAUGACUUUGCGUUGAGACCUGUGUAAAUGUAAAACAUGCUGCUUUAAAGAGGCAAAGCUCGGCAGAUGUCAACUUGUGAAUAUGAAGUUUUAUGAAAAACAAAGCUCUCAAGACAGACAGCUUCAGUACAUUUUUAUUAAAAAGAAAAAAUGCCUUUCGAUAUUUUUGUAAUGUCAUGUGAAAUUUUGUACAAUGAAACUGUAAGACGUAUCGAUGUCUUUAAUAAAACACAAAA